AUGGACAACCCCAUAAAUGAAGAACAUGGUUCCACCUACUCCAGCCAGACCAGUGCCGUGUCAACCCCAGUAGAAGCCAAGGGGCUGGUGGGAUGGGGCAAGCCAGACUGGUCCUUGCUCUGGCCGGAUGUGUUCUGCGACUUCAACGGCAAGAAGUACAGCCCAGGCGAGAGCUGGCACCCCUACCUGGAGCCGCAGGGGCUGAUGUACUGCAUCCGCUGCAGCUGCUCAGAGAAUGCCAACAUCAGGUGUUACCGGAUCCAGUGCCCAGCUCUGCAGUGUGCCAGCCCUGUCACGGACCCGCAGCAGUGCUGUCCGCGGUGUCUCGAGCCACAUUCCCCUUCUGGCCUCCGGGCACCCAUCAAGUCGUGCCAGUACAACGGGACGACGUACCAGCAAGGCGAGAUGUUCACCACCAGCGAGCUCUUUCCCAGCCGCCAGCCAAACCAGUGUGUGCAGUGCAGCUGCUCCGAAGGCCAGAUUUACUGUGGCUUGGUGACCUGUCCGGAGUUGCUGUAUGGCUCCCAUGAGAAGUCCACGGAAGAGGAACCCCUGCAGUUAAACAGAGGUGUUAGGCACUCGCAAGACCAGUGCUUGGGGGAAGCAAUGGGCCGGAAGCCACCUGGAUCCACCGUGUCCACUGUUCUCACUUCUUCCCUGGAGUUCAUUCCCAGGAGCUUCAAACCCAAGGGAGGAGGUAGCACCACCGUGAAGAUCGUCUUGAAAGAGAAGCACAAGAAAGCUUGUGUUUACAACGGGAAGACCUAUUCCCAUGGGGAAGUGUGGCACCCUGUCUUCCGGCUCUACGGCCUCCUGCCCUGCAUCCUCUGCACUUGCAGAGAUGGUGUCCAGGACUGUCAGAAGAUCACAUGCCCCAAGGAGUAUCCAUGUGACUAUCCAGAGAAAGUUGAUGGGAAAUGCUGUAAAAUAUGUCCAGAAACCAGCGUCAAACCCACCGAUGAAAUAAUCACCACCCGGUGUGGCAAGAACCCCAACCGCGUCCUGGUGUACAUGUUCGUGCCGCCGAGCUCGGAGACCUCCAAGGAGAUCCUCAGGACGAUCGCAAUAGAGAAGGAGCCUGCAGAAGAGGUGGAAAUCUACAACUGGAAGCUGAUUAAAGGGAUAUUUCAUCUGAUACAGACCAAGAAGAUCAGCAAACGGGAAUUCAAGCAAGAAGCUCAGAACUUCAGGCUGAUCACCAGGACGAACGAAGGUCACUGGAACAUCUUCCGAGCCCAGACGUCAGAGCUGAGGAUGACAGAGAGCCCAGAGAAAGAAACAAAGAACUUGUAAAGAAUAAAAAAAACUUUCACCUAGCUAUUGAUUUAUCUACACACCCCCCCACAUACACACCUACACGUAUAUAUGACAAGAAACCCCAAAAGUCGCAUUAUUACAUAGACUGCCACCGCAAUAAAGGACGCACUAGUGUAAAUGACAGAAAAUCCAGCGAACGAACCCAACGGAACC